AUGGCUACUGUCUGGGCAAGUACCAAGCUCGCUGGAAUCAGGAGCGGCGUCUGCAAUGCGACCCAAUUCCGAGGUUUUAGUAUAAGAAAUGCUCAGGUUGAGCGAGCAUACGGAGCUCGAAAGUUGCAGAUCCUCUGUCGUCGCAACAGUAGCCCUAAUCGCAAUUCGCGAUGCCAUGGGGGGCGUCGGAAUGGGAUCCAAUACGAUGGCAUAACUAGCCCUGGUUUUCCAGCAUCCACAGCUUUGAGAAGUCAGCACACCGCUGCCUUGCCAGCUACGGACUUGGAUGGCAGCAACAACGACCCCGAAGUCUUGUCUCAUGCGGUCAAGCAACUUAUGCGUCAUGUCCCGCAUCCCGUCGCCGUGAUUACAGCGACUGACAUUUCAAUGAGCUCAGAGGGAGGUCCACAGGGGUGGCGUGGUGCUACUGUGUCAUCAUUCAACACAGUGACUUUAUUCCCAACCCCAGUGGUGUCCUUCAACAUCCGCAAGAUUUCAUCUACAUUUGCCGCCAUGCGAAGUUCGGGGCUUUUCAAUGUGCAUCUGUUGAGUGAAGCCACUGAAGCAACGGACAUCGCGUCGAAAUUUGCCACUGGGAAUGCAUCCUCGCCGUUUCACGAUGAAGAGGGUGAAAUCGAGAGCUUUGCACAUCUCACCGACCCCGUCAGGACAGCAUUAUCAAGUAAACUACCACCGAUUUUGCAGUCGCGUGAUGGAAUGGGUCGGUCGAUGGUCCCUUUCAGAUUGCACUGCCGAUUUAUGGGAGACAAGGUUGUCGAGAUUGGCGACCAUGUGGUGUUAUUCGGAGAAGUCGUACAAAUCUUUCACGACGAUAACACCUUCCAUGACCAGCCUGCCAUCCUGCCAAAGCCAUGUCUUGUCUACGUCAAUGGCAGGUACACUCGAGUGGACAGCCAUUUUCAUGUGACCCCCUUCGUCCAGCGUCGCAAGAUUACGACGAUAUCAACAUGUAUGAGUGCUAGUGGAAGGGUUAUCACUUCAAAAGCUAUCACAUCGGGUUGA